CAGCUGCGCCGGCGGCCCCGCCGGCCGCUGUUCCGGCCGAGCUCGGCGAGCCUGCGGGGGCCGCCGCCGGGGGCGGCGGCGGGGCGCCCCGGCCGGGGCUGCCCGGCACCGUGCUGGACGCGGGUCCACCACCCUCGGCGGCGACGCCUCGCGCGUCGGCGCCGCCGGUGGAUCUGCCACAGCCCGGCUCCUCGAGGCCGUCGGUCUCGAGCGCGGAGGCCAGCGCGCUGAUGCGGGAGGACACCUCGUUCAGCUACUCCUUCGCGGGGAGGAGGCGGGGAGCCCGCGAGUGCCUGGCGGCGAGGUGGGAGUGGGAGCACCGCUCCGGCUUUCGGGCCUACGAGGAGGACAUGCAGUACCACAUCGAGCACGCGUUCCAGAGCGGUGAGAACAAGGUGCGCCUGAAGGCCAGCCGGAAGGCCGGCUCGCAGCCCCUGGAGAUCUUCUUCGCGGACAUGCUGCAGAUCGACCACAUCUCAGGCAACACGAGGCGCGUGCAGCGUGUUGGCGCAGACGGCUGGUGGAGCCGUGUGAGCAGGUCAACGAGGAGCCUGCUGCUGGCCUGGGCCCAGCAGACGCCCUGGAUGGAGAGCCUGGAGCAGUUCCGGCGCCGGAGGGACCGCAUGAAGCUGGACCACGACGACCAGGAGCAUAGCCUCGAGCAUGACCGCUUUAACCGGACAGGCUGGUUCUUCCGCGUUGCGAACAGCACAAUCUUCCACUCCUGUGUCAACUUCACGGUCAUGCUGAAUUCACUGUGGAUCACUGUGAGCUUGGAUACACAUAAUGCUGACUUACAUUGGAUGUAUGUAUUGGUGCCGUAUUUAUUUAUGUGCGUAUUCUUGGUUGAAAUUGGCAUCCGCUUUGGCUCCUACAAGAAGGUGCAGAACUGCUUUCAUGAUCCGUGGUUCUGCUUCGACUCAAUAUUGGUCUUUGCGAUGGUCCUGGAACUCUGCAUGCUGCCAGCGGUGCAGGCAAUAUUGCAAGCCGAGCAUUCUCAGAGGAGACUGGUGCUGACCGCGGGCGUCAUGCGAGUGCUGCGCGUCGUCCGGAUCGCUCGAACAGUUCGACUACUGCGCGCAUCCAGAGACCUGAUGACCAUUGUCUACGGGCUCGCGAGGGCGUUCUGGUCGAUGAGCAUCACACUCGUGGUUCUCAUUCUGCUCAUGUACGUGUUCGCCAUCACUUUCCGAACGUUCGUCAAGGGCGAGGGUCUGCAAGUGGAGGAGGCCUUCUUCGCUUCGGUGGGCGACUCGAUGUGGACGCUGCUGGUCAGGGGCGUCUUCAUGGACGACCUCAGCAGCCUGCUGGAUCUGCUGCGCGAGGAGAUGCCGACCCUCGCGUACAUGCUCGUCUUGUUCAUCUUGCUGAGUAGCUUCACGCUGCUCAACAUGCUUAUUGGCAUCGUGUGCGACAUGAUCAGCGAGGUGAAGCGAGGGAGCUUGGAGAGGCGUGAGCGCAAGGAGCUGAAGCAGGCCCUCGGCUCCAUCUUGGAGUGCUACGACCGCAACGACACUGGCGACAUCAGCCAGGCUGAUUUUGAGUGCUUGCUCGCGAACCCAGAGUUCGCCGACAUCAUGCAGCGUAUCGGCACCGAGGUUGACAGCGUCCGCAAGCUCACAGAGAGGACAUUCAAGGACGACGGCGUCAUCCGCUUCUCGGAGGUCGUGGACGUGGUGUUCCGCCUCAGGACCGCGGUCACCGCGAACAUCAUGGACAUCAUCGAGCUCCGGGAGCACGUGAGGAGUCACGUCGACCACGUCAUCGACGCUCUUCACCAGAAGCUGGUCUCGACGCAGGAAGAUCCGUCGUACCGCCACAGCGCCACGUGUGGGUGCCGCAACGAGCUUGUAACGGAGGAGCGCGGCGUGCUGGAAUGAUGUGGCGGGCGCGGCCCAUUGUACAAUAUUAGGGAGGAUCGUUUCUGUCCACGCGAGUAAUGUUUAUGCCGAUCGCGUGUGGGCUGUUCUCCCCAGGUGUUCUUUGCCAGAUGAACUCGUACAUCGCUUUAUUCAAAACGAAGGAAGGCCCACAGCAGGAGGGCUGAUAAUGUUUCACCCUGUCGCUUUCAUUCUGCUCCUCGAGCCGACAGUCGGCGCUCCGCUUCGUGGCGGUGCACGCGGGCUCGGUCCCGGAGGCCCCGUAGAGGGUCCCAAGACAACCCCACAGGCGUCGCUCACGUUGCAUCCGUCGGUCAUCGGGUCGACGAUGGAGGUUUCCCUCAGGUGUACCUCCGGAGUGGGUGUUCAGGGUUGUGUUUCUCGCGGUGGUUUCUUGUGACCGCGCGUGCACUGUAGUUUUAAAGUCGGGCAUUGUUUUCCACCUUCGCCCCAAAUCCGCCUGUAAGGGGACAUGCCCGAUUUGACUGUAGGUAGUUUGUUUUGUUCCGUCCUGCUCCGAUGCGACAGGCGCACGGCUUUGUAGAAUCAGAGCGUGAAUUACCUACCCCGCUUUCGCUUCCAGGCAAAACCAAACCAUACCACGCGCCUCCUCGUCAAGCGGCCUGACCAGUACAGGCUGCAAUUUGGCAUCGUUUGGUAUCUCUUGGAAGCGAGGGUGGUCAAAAGCGGGGUAGGUUUGUUUGCCCCCUAGGUUUUGUAGACUCUACACACUGUCGCCCGCGCAGAGGCCGCGCCGACCUCCCCGGCCGCGUGGCCCUGCGCUCCUCGCGGUGCGGCGCGCGCAUGCGCCCGCGGCGGAGGGGCCCCGUUGGCCCCCUCCCCGCGGGCGGAGGCCUGCCGGCGCGCGGCCCGCGGGAGGUGAGAAAAGAA